CGGCAGUUAGAAAUUUCUCCCUCAUGUGAUAAGGUGUAAGCAGUGGUUUUUUCAUACACACAGCAGUGUUUUAGUAUUAAUUUCCAAUUUAAUUUUUAUUUUAUUUUUCCCUUCUGGAGAAAACUAUAAUUGUGUCCAUCAUAUUUGGGAUAGAUUUCCAAAUUUGAUGGAGGAAUUAAAGGUGCAUAGUUCACGACGUGAACAUCAUCGCAACUCAUCAAAAUUACGUACAAAUGAACGGAACGAUUCAUUAGUAUCCGAAAUAGUGGAAAUCCGGGCAAAAGACGGUAAUGGUGUUGGCGUUAAUGUCAAUCAACAAAGUGAAAAUGCUUCGAAUGAAAAUCGACUCCUACGCAAUGUGGAUGCGAAUGUGGGCAAUAGUGUUGUCCCAGACGUGUCAAACGAGCCCAACACAUUGGCGGACAGUACCAGUGUCGAAAAAAUUCACAGUGGAAUUAUUGGAUAUGUCGAUCGGGAUAUGCAACGAGGACAUCGAAAACCCAUGUCUGAUCCUACGGCGAGUCCAGCGCAACGAUCCACACGUAGUAGGAGUAGUGUAGAAAAGAGUCCACGCAGCAAACGUAGCAAAUCGGAGUCGAGACGUCGAAGGGAACGGAAAAUGAUAGCUGCUGGUGAACUUGAAGUGCGACAAGCCAACGAGACCUUGAUGCGAUAUUUGCGGCAAUGUAAUGAUGCAUCGUUGUCGGGUGAAAUGGAGAUCGAUAAGAAUAUCGAGGAUCGACGGGUUCAUCGGAAAACACGAUCGCAACGGGAACGGCGCAACAUUCAAGUGGGAAAGUUGAAUGGAAGCAGGGAACGAAUGUCGGCUAAUGGAUUAACGAGCAUCUUAAGCGAUUUAGUCGACGAUAUAAUACCUGGUAAUGGAGAAAUCUAUAAUCCAUUUACGCCAGUCAUAUCACCAACGGAAGGUCCACCCGCAAGAAUUGAAAAAAUGUUUGUACAGACGUCUAGGAAUAGUUACAGAUCGGUGGAUCAUGACUUGUAUAUGAAGCAUUCGGGACACGAUAUCGAAGGCAAUGUACCAUCCAAUUUUAGUAAUAGUGGCAUUUACAUGUCCUGCACCAUACAGCGAAUUUGGAUAUUGCUGACAAAUAUUUGUCACGGUCUGCUCGGCGGCCUCGCUUUAUCUCAUAUAAUUUUCAUAUCGUCAACGAAACCAAAUGAUUGGAUUCAGGGAUCUACCAAACAUUAUUCUACAUUUGCUGAAAUGUAUGCGAAUACAUUUUACUGCUUAGCCAUCGUUUGCAUGGUAUCGAUAUUCGAUAGAAUGGACCUGUGUCGAAUGAGCCUAUCCAAUGCCGCUGAAUCAAUAUCCUUCAAGUGGAUUAUCAUUGUAAUGAUUUAUUUAGCGACAAUAAUACUUAGUCUCUCAGCCGAAUCGCUGGACGAACGGCUGUAUGUGACUAGCAUGAAUGUUACCGUAUGGGAAGACGAAAUAGAGAACAAUCGAGUGUUAAAUAUCUGGAAUUCGAUGUCCAUAGCACGUAGUAUGGGUGCAAUAUCCGGGUGGAUUCUAAUCGGAUUGUCAUCCGAAAAUGAUUUACUAUUCGAUCAUCUGGUGGAGAUGCAUCAAUAUCAACUAAACAAUAAUUAAUUUUGUUAAACUAUGAGAGACAGUAGAACUAGGACACGAAAUGGAAUACACAACAUUUAAUGUUCAUUGAGCAAAAUUAAAAUAAGAGAAGAUGUGAAAAUCAAAGGAGAGGAGACGUUUAUUUAAUCCACAUGUUGUAUAUAAAGAUAUUUAAACAAAAAGAAACAGAAAAUGAUCAAAUGAUAAUAAAGAUAACAACAACAAACAUAUUUAGACUGUGUAAUUAACAGAUAAGCAGAAAAUGUAAUUAUAUGAAAGUAUUAAAACUUAAUGGCUUGUACAA